AUGUCAACCACAACCAACCGAAUUGCAACUGGAGAGUUUGUUAGACGUAAAUGGUUAUCUUAUUCUCCAACUGAGGAUAAAAUUUAUUGUAUAGUGUGCAAACAAUUUGGCACAACAGAUGGAAAAUCUAACCAACUUGCUAGGUGUGGUUCAAACGACUGGAGACAUAUUUCUUAUAAACUUGAUAAUCAUGAAGCAUCACCAAACCAUUUGCAGUCAGAGGUUAGAAAAGUAAUGUAUUUGAGUAAUCAAAGAGUAGAUUUAAAAUCUUUACAAAACUCUAAUACCAAAGUUGCUGAAAAUAGAGAGAUUGUAAAAGUAAUAUUAGAAGUGUUACUAUAUCUCGCUCGUCAAAAUUCAUCUUUUAGAGGUCAUGAUGAAUCUUGGCUAUCUAAUAAUCAGGGAAACUUUCUUGAAUUAAUUAAGCUUUUUGCUAAACAUAAUGCAUUACUUUCUUCUCAUAUCGCUACACUUGAAUCUGCCGAGAAAAAAAAUCGUUUGACUUUUUUAUCUAAUAACAGUCAAAACACAAUGCUUUUAGUUAUGAGUGAUAUCGUUCGUUCUCAAAUAUUAAAAAAAGUGAAAAAAGCUGGAAUCUUCUCAAUUAUGAUCGACACCACUACUGAUGUUUCCAAUAUAGAACAGUUUUCUCUGAUUUUGCGGUUUGUGGAUGAAUUUGGUGAAGUAAAAGAAAGACUUGUGGCUUUAGAAUCUACAAAUGAUGCAACUGGCAAAGGUAUGUUUGAUUUACUAUGCAAUAUUUGCGUUAAAUAUGAUUUAGACUGGAUAAAUAACUUAUGCGCACAAACAUAUGAUGGAGCCGCGUCUAUGCAGGGGCAGUAUUCAGGUCUUCGUUCAUAUGUACAAAAAAAGAAUCCUCGUGCUUUGUAUGUUUGGUGUUUUUCACAUGUUCUCAAUUUGGUGGUAGUUGAUACAUGUGACAGAUGCAUUAGUAUAAGAAAUUUUUUUGGAGAUAUGCAAGUUCUCAUUUCUUUUAUGAGAGCAAGAAAACGAACAGCGAUUUUUUUAGAAGAACAAAAAAAGUGUUCUCCAAAUGAUAGAGUUCUCAGAAUAAAAAACUUUUCUUCAACCCGUUGGACAUCACACGACAAAGCAAAUUCAGUUAUUGAAAACAAAUAUGAUGCUGUAAUGAACACUUUAGAAAUAUUGUCAAAAUCUAUGGAUCGUGAUUGUUCAUCUACAGCUAAAAACUUGUUAGAAAUCUUAUCAUCUUUUAAAUUUGUUACAAAUCUUCUGUUAAUGAAAAAUAUUUUUGCAUUUACCACGCCUUUAUCAAAAUACCUUCAAUCACCAUCUAUUGAUUUUAUUCAGGCACUAAGUAUUGUUGAUUCGACUACUAAAAAAAUUAAAAAUAUUAGAACAGUUCAAUGUGCAGAUGAUUUAUUGAUGGAAGCUAAACAAUUCGCCAUAAGUAAAGGCCUUACUGAAAUGGAUUUUCCUCAAGAACGUGUUCGACGCAAAAAAAGAAUGCCAGGUGAAAAUACAUCCGAUCAAUGUGUUACAAAACCAGAUGAUAAGUUUAGAACAGAAGUGUAUUUUGUCAUUGUAGAUCAAAUUUUAUCAUCAAUAAACAGUAGAUUUGAAGGUUCUCGGACAAUAUUAUAUGAUUUAUCUCUUUUAUCGUUUGAUCGUAUAUUAAAUGUCAAUAAAGGAUUGAUAGUCCCAAAUAAUUCAUUUUCUUCACUAGUGAAAUGGAUACCUAAUCUUAAACUUAGUGAAUUAAAAAAUGAAUAUUUUUCAUUUUCUUCAUGUAUAAUGAAACUUCAGAAAGGCAUGACACUGGAACAAUCAAAUACUAUAAGACUGGAAUCAACCCAAUCCUGUAAUGAUUAUGAGAAUAGUACUUCAUCUGAAGAUUCUGAAAAUGAAGAUAGUACAACUGAUAAAACCAAACUCAAUUCCAUACAAAUAUUGAAACUUUUAAAUUCUUACAACUUGAUUUCAGCAUUCCCCAAUUUAUAUACAGCUUAUAAAUAUUUGUGUACCAUUCCAUCUACUUCAGUGUCAAAUGAGCGAUCUUUCUCUAAACUUAAAUUAAUUAAAACCAGAUUGAGAUCUACCAUGCAUCAAACCCGCUUGGAAAGUUUAAUUUUACUGUCAUGUGAAAAGGAUAUUUCAAUUGAUUUAGAAGAGCAAAUAAGCACGAUGAUUAUCACUACCUUGGGUUCGAACGAUAUAGGAUUUAAUACUUUUAACUUCUGGUCUUUAUAA